AUCCACGCCAAGCUCUACAACUGGCGUUCUGCUUUCCAUCUGAUCGAAUACACUUCCCCUCUGCAUUUUGACCAUGAUAUCAACUCCGUGAUUCUCGCAGCAAUGACGUCGCCACCAGAUCGGGCCUCGGACCAGCUUCAUCUCGCUGGAAAUGGGCCGCCACCUCUCCCACCCAGAACUCCGCCCGCGAGUGAAGCCCCACCCCCAUACUCGGCCAUGGCCAUGUCCUCCCAUGACCCGCGCUCUUCCUCUACACAGUCCCUUGUUCCAGACCCCUCGUUGGAAGACACGGGCCGACGUCGGCUGCUCCUCGUGUACAUUCAUGGCUUCAUGGGCAAUGAGACAAGUUUCAGAAGUUUCCCGGCCCAUGUCCACAAUCUCGUAACCAUUACUCUCGCCGACUCGCACGUCGUGCAUACCAAGUUGUACCCGAGGUACCAAUCUCGGAAUGCCCUUCAAGUCGCCAGGGAUGACUUCUCUAGAUGGCUAGCUCCACACGAAGACCAAUGGACUGAUGUGAUCCUACUUGGUCAUUCCAUGGGCGGUCUGCUCGCCGCAGAUAUUGCCUUGGUCUUCCGCCAUCGCAUCAUCGGCAUCAUAAACUUUGAUGUCCCGUUCCUCGGCAUGCAUCCUGGCAUUGUCAUGGCUGGACUGGGGAGCAUCUUCAGCCCACCCCCGGCACCGCAGGAUGCCACAGUUCCAGAUGCCGAACCUUCAAAGAAGCCUAGCAGAAUAGGCACCCUCUUCAACCCAAAGCCGUCAGAUCCCAACUACAAUCCGUCUUUUGCCAACGACGUUCAGCUACCCGUCCGAAAAGGCUGGGAGAACUCUCUACACUGGCUAACCAAACAUUACUCCGACGGCUUGAGGCAAGCCACAAAGGGCCUGGUCAAAUCUCACCUCGAGUUCGGCGGCGCCAUGGCAGACUAUCGAGAACUCAAAGAUCGGUAUGCCAAAGUACGAGCCUUGGAAGAGGACGACGAGAGGAAGCGAAAGUCGAAUUAUCCAGACGCACCCUUCGUGCCUCGGAUACGUUUCGUCAACUACUACACCGCAAGUACGGGAAGGCCAAAGAAACCAAAAUCGCCAAAGUCCUCAUCCCCAUCACGUCCAGCCAGCCGACAAUCACAACAUCGAGACAGUGACGCAGGUGCUCCCACCGCGCCUCGUCCGCCAGACGAUCAGCAACCAGCUUCUCAAGGCAGGGACAGGAGCGUUUCAGUCGCGUCAUCACAGCCUGAACUAACUCAUAUACAUCCCGAUCCUAUUGUAGAUACUCCUCGGGUUUCGAUUGAAGUCCAAGAACAUCGUGGUAAUGAGGUCAUACCAGCCAGCCUUGAAGAGCCUCUUUCUGCGACAAGUCCGGUGAAGAAGUCUAUGACUCACGAUUCUAAACAGGACGGCCCACCUAAUCUCCCAGAAAUCCCGCCUAUACCCCAGGAACCGCCCUUCGUAGAUUUGAUGCAGUUUUCUGACAAAGUCCAACGUAAAACCGCGGAGAAAGAGCACGAUCGAGCUCUCAAGGAGUACCAGAAGGCAGUCAAAGCGCGCAACAAGGUCAUCAAAGAGCGGACCAAGUUGGAGGAGCGGUGGAAAAAGGACAAGGAGAAACCGGUAGAGUUGACACACAGUCAGAAAGAGGCAAAACGGUUAGAGGCAGAGGCAGAACGAAUGCAAGCAGAAGCCAAUCGGAUGCAGGCAGGUUCAGACCGAAGACAAGAAAAAGCAGAACAGCGGCCAACCCCUUCAACACAUCAAAAGGACGUACGAGUACCUUCGACCCCAAUGGCGCUAGAAGAGGACCUCGGCACCAUGCAGCUAGGGGAUUCCAACUCUCAUGCCCCCGGUGCAGACUACAACUUCUCACGCAACACCAUCAUGUCCCAAGCCCCACCAGACGACCGGGCCUCCAUCACUGACUCCUCAUACACACUCAGCACAAUGGACAGCCAGAACAGCCACCAAGCGACCCCUACCCCUGACGGAGAGGAUGGUCCGAAGAAACCUAAAAGGCUAAAGAAGUUCUGCAUGCUGCCGCCGAAAGAUGCGCAAGGGAACAAGGACCCUGCUUGGGUUCGUGUGUUGAUGGAGGGCAUGGAUGAGGUGACAGCACAUACGAGCUUGUUCUUUGUCAAUGACACCUACGAGCGACUAGUCGGGGACGUGGGUGCGAGGCUCGAAGACUGGGUCCGAGAGGCAGACAGUGUUAGGUUGGUACGGGAGAUGUCGGGUUUAACUUGAGUGGCUAGCUGCGCGUUGGAUACCCAUCGGCAACUGCCAAUCGUUCUUUAGCUCCUCCAGUCGACCUUCAUCAAAUCAGAUACCCUCGUCUCCAUGUCAAUAUCAAUGACCUAUCCCUAAUGCCCUCCUCCUCCACCAAUCCACCACAACUCCCUGCCCACAAACGCCACACUAGCCGCCGCCCACCCCGCACUCAACACGCCCAGUAUCCCCACCACCCUCUCACUCCCCCUC